UCUAUCAAACAUGAAGUCUCCAAUUACCUCUUUAGCCUAUACUUUUGUUGUCAUAUCCUUUCUAUGGGUAGCUUCUGCUUCCAACUAUGAAGAUUUUCUCCAUUGUCUUUCUCUUCAUUCUCCCAACAGUUCUUCAAUUUCAAAGAUUAUUUACACUCCAACUGAUCCUUCGUACUCUUUGAUUAUGAACUUCUCUACCCAUAACUUAGGAUUGAGGACUGCAAAAUCCUUUAAGCCUCAAGCAAUAGUGACGCCAUUGCAAGUUUCCCACAUUCAAKYAUCCAUCAUUUGCGCCAAAAAACACGGCUUCCAGAUACGAACGCGAAGCGGUGGCCAUGAUUACGAGCGCCUUUCCUCUAUCUCCUAUGACGACAUUCCUUUCGUUGUUGUUGAUAUGAUAAACAUUCGGUCGAUCGAUGUCAAUGUGGAAAAAAACGUUGCAUGGGUGCAAUCUGGAGCCACCAUCGGGGAACUGUACUAUAGAAUUGCACAGAAAAGCAAAACCCUAGGGUUCCCAGCUGGGCUAUGCCCGACAGUUGGUGUUGGUGGGCAUUUCAGUGGCGGUGGUUAUGGUAUGAUGCUACGAAAAUUUGGACUCGCUGCCRAUAAUGUGAUCGAUGCUUACUUCGUUGAUGUAAACGGUAAACUCCACAAUCGAAAAUCGAURGGAGAGGAUGUGUUUUGGGCCAUUAGAGGAGGAGGAGGAGCAAGCUUUGRCAUUAUUGUUGCAUGGAAAAUUAAGCUCGUCCAAGYUCCACCAGUGGUGACUGUUUUUGAAAUCACAAGAAACUUGGAACAAAAUGCUACCAAUUUAGUCCAUCGUUGGCAAUACGUGGCCAACAAACAAGAUGACAAACUUCUCAUCAAAAUAACAUUAAGAGGCAUGAACUCAAACAAUCAUCAAAAUGGAAAAAGAACACGAGAAACAUCUUUCGACUCCUUGUUCCUCGGACAAGCCGAAGAGCUUCUUCCCAUCAUGCAGAAUACUUUCCCGGAGCUGGGGCUGACGAAAGAAGAUUGUAUAGAAAUGAGUUGGAUUGAAUCCGUUCUCCAUUUUGCCGGCUUCCGUGGAGGACAGYCGUUAGAUGUCCUUCUCGAUAGGAAUGUGGCUUUUGAAGCCAAUGGAAAAGCCAAAACCGACUAUGUAAAUGAGCCAAUCCCCAUAGUUGGGCUUCAGGGUAUAUGGGAAUUGUUCAACGAAGAAGAAGUUGAAUUUGCACAAAUAUUUUUUAUCCCUUACGGUGGAAAAAUGAAUGAGAUUCCUGAAUCAGAGAUUCCAUUUCCGCAUAGAGCUGGGAAUCUUUACAAGAUUCAUUAUUCGGUGGUUUGGACAGAAGAAGACGAAGAUACUACACAAAAACAUAUAAAUUGGAUCCGUAAGCUUGAAAGUUACAUGACUCCUUUCGUUUCGAAGAAUCCAAGGGCUGCGUAUAUCAAUUAUCGAGACUUGGAUAUAGGAAUAAACAACAAGAAUGGAUACACGAGCUAUGAGAAAGCAAGCAUAUGGGGACUUAGAUAUUUCAAGGGUAAUUUUAAGAGGUUGGUGAGCAUAAAAACUAAGGUUGAUCCUUAUAAUUUCUUUAGGCAUGAGCAGAGCAUUCCUUCUCUGUUACCUUGGUGGACGAAGGAGGGACAUGAGAUGUUUUGAGAUAUGAGCUUUGGAAGAAUGUCUGAUUGACCCAUUAAAUGGAUGUUUUCAACUUUUGGUUCAUAGUUUAUGCUUUAAUAAAAUUGCUACUUUCCUUUGCAGGUAAAAAAAGAAAAAAAAAAACUACCUUUUAUUCUUCAAGUUCAUGUAUGAUCAAUUUGUCUCUGGAAGACAACUAACAUAAAAAAAAUGAAAUUUAUCAUAA